UAUUAUUGUUAUUAUUAUGAACGGGAUCAAAGAGACGCUCAAUUUCCCAAUCAUAAUCGCCAAAACGACGACGCGUUUGCUAUCGUUGAAGCUUGCAAGCCUUUCAUCGUCCUCUCUCAGGCUUUUUAAAGCCGUGUUGUGGAAAGCCGCACGCGCCGUAGUGUUCUUGUCGAUGGAUGACAUCUUCUCCUCGGAGGACGACGAUCAUCUCUUCGACCUGGAUUACCAUCCUUACGCUCGUAAGCGCCCUCUCUCUUCCCGCCUCGAUUGCGACGAGUAUGACGAGCCGGACGACGACGAAACCAAUCGCAAUAAACUCUACCUAGUUCCGUACAGGUGGUGGAGGGAGGCUCAGAGAAGUGUUUUCGACCAAAUUGGAGGCAUUUUGUACACUGUGUCAUCCAACCAUGGCUCUGGUGAUUCUGAAAUUGUACUGGACUUGAGGAAGGAGGAGAGUUUCACGAGUAGGGAUAAGGUGGAAGGUGUCUCUGGCCGUGAAUAUGCUUUGGUUAAUGAAGCAUUGUGGCUGAGGACUCUUAAAUGGCACAAUGACUCCAAAACAUCGAUAGAAGAUGCUACAUACAGUCAUGUUUCUGAAGUUCAAUCUCAAGAGUUGUUUCCUUUGCAAAUAAGGCUUUCUUUUUCACCAGAAACAAAUUUGUUGUUAGUGAAGAUAAGUUUAAAGGACAAUGCGGUUGAUCUUUAUAGAAGAGCUUGCAUUAUUUUUAGUUCCCAGUCCGAGCCGUUGCAGAUUUGGGACUUCUCAGGGCAGACAAGCCAGUUUCUUACAAAUGAAAGAAUCAAUUUGCCCAACAUUUCUCCUAGAAAACCAGGGAAAGAGGUUCUUCUUGAAUUGAAUGUUCAUGGGUUUUUUGUAUCAACAAAAGAGUCCAAUGAGAGAUUGGCAGAAUGGUCUAAGACAGAAAAUAGCCCUGGCAAGAGUCGAGUCAAGAUAAAUAAGAGUAGUAACAGCCUUAGCUCUUAUUCAACUCCAGAUGGUGCAUCACUCUUUGGUAGCAGUUAUAGGGGCAUUGGUCUAUUGGGUUUGACAGGACUACAAAAUCUUGGUAAUACUUGUUUCAUGAACAGUGCAAUACAGUGUUUGGUUCAUACACCACAGCUUGUUGACUACUUCCUUGGAGACUAUCGGAAAGAUAUAAAUCAUGAAAACCCCCUGGGAAUGAAUGGUGAACUUGUUUUAGCAUUUGGAGAACUGCUGCGGAAGCUAUGGGCUCCAGGUGCAACUCCAGUGGCUCCAAGAAUGUUCAAGUUCAAACUUUCUAAGUUUGCUCCCCAAUUCAGUGGUUAUAAUCAGCAUGAUUCACAAGAAUUUCUUGCUUUUCUACUGGAUGGCCUUCAUGAAGAUUUGAAUCGUGUAAAACACAAGCCAUAUAUAGAAGCUAAGGAUGCUGAGGCCUGUCCAGAUAAAGAAGUGGCAGAUGAAUAUUGGCAAAAUCAUUUGGCUCGCAAUGAUUCCAUCAUAGUUGACGUCUGCCAAGGUCAGUACCGAUCAACUUUGGUUUGCCCCGUUUGCAAGAAGGUCUCCGUGACAUUUGAUCCAUUUAUGUACCUGACACUGCCAUUACCUUCAACAACUAUGCGGACAAUGACUGUGACUGUUUUCAGCACUGAUGGGAUUGCAUUGCCAAUUCCAUUUACUUUUACGGUUCCCAAGUGUGGGAGGCUGAAGGAUCUCCUCGACAAAUUAAGUGUGGCAUGUUCUUUAAGAAGUGAUGAAAUCCUGCUUGUGGCUGAGAUGUACAAGAACCAAAUUUUCCGUUUACUGGAUGACCCGUCUGAUUCAUUAGCCUUGAUUAGAGAUGAUGACAGACUUGUCGCCUAUCGCUUACCAAAAGUUAGUGAGACUUACCCCUUAGUUGUAUUCUCACAUCAGCAGCUGGAAAGGUAUGUGUUCCCUUAUAGUUUUGGUGUGAUGGCAUCAAACUGGAAGCCAUUUGGUGUUCCUCUUGUAUCAAGGAUGCAAAAUCUUUCAAGUGGAUUUGAGAUCCGUAAUCAGUUUCUAAAGUUACUUAGUCCAUUUCUAAUUUCAGUUGAAGAUACAUUAAAUGAUUAUGAUGGUGAUGAGAUAGGAAAUACUGUUAGUGAAACUUCUAAGAUGGAGGAUAUUAUUAGCCCCUUAGUUUCGGAUAGUGAUACAGGUUCAGACAGUGUAGCAGAGAAUGAUUUUCAUCUAAACACUGACUUCAAAUUCUACUUGGUUGAUAAAAUGGAUCCAGUAGAGAUAAAGAUGAAUGACCCUGUACAAGUAUCAAGAUUUACCAAGCAGCUGGAUGUGAGCGUUCACUGGCCAGAUAAGAUGAUUGAAAAGUAUGACACAUGCCUUCUCAGUUCAUUGCCUGAGGUUUUCAAGACCCAGCUGUUUACAAGGAGGCCUCAAGAAUCCAUUUCCUUGUAUAGAUGUCUGGAAGGUUUCUUGCAGGAGGAACCUUUAGGACCGGAUGACAUGUGGUACUGCCCUAGGUGCAAGAAGCCUCAACAAGCCAACAAAAAGUUGGAUCUUUGGAGAUUGCCUGAGAUUUUAGUUAUUCAUUUAAAGAGAUUCUCGUAUAGCCGAUUUUUCAAGAACAAGUUAGAAACGUACGUGGACUUUCCAAUUCAUGAUCUCGACCUCUCCAAUUACAUUUCCCCUACUGAUGGCCAAUUCUCCAAUCGUUACCAAUUAUAUGCAAUAAGUAAUCACUAUGGAGGCAUGGGAGGCGGUCAUUAUACUGCUUUUGUUGAUCUCGGGCAUGGAAGGUGGUACGAGUUCGACGAUGACAGAGUUUUCCCGGUCAGUGAAGACAGAAUCAAGACAUCUGCUGCCUAUGUUCUUUUCUAUAGAAGAGUGAAGGAGGUGUAAGUUUACAUAGUCAAAUAGAAGCAUUUCCCUUUCCAUUGCCGGAACCAAUGGUGCCGGCCAACCGAAGGAAGGUAAUAGAGAUUUUAAUGAAAGGUUAAGGGGGCAAUAAGAACGAGACUUUGUUUUGUUUACAGUCUAAAAAGUGAAAUAGGAGAUAAAUACAUGAUCACAGGUUGUACAAUUUCUGAAUGCCUCAAUUGAAAGAGGUAAGUUAUUACAAUGAUCAAACAUUUUCUUACAUGUAGAGCUUAAUCCGGAGAAAGAUAUGGUGCAAUUCCAUUUUUGUCGCAGAUGGGGAUGUAACCCUUCACCUAGUCCGUGUACAUUGUUUUAAUGGUUCUGAUUCCAA